AUGCUCUCUUACCCACAACCAACAGUCCUGUCACCCGAUUUGCUUCUGUCGUUUCCUCAGGAAAUUCUCCAGCUAAUCUUCACCGAAUAUCUUCUCGACGGACUGGAGAAUGAGUUGAAAGGCAGGGUGUUCAACCGUCUGCGAAGUCGCAUUAUAGAGUUCCGUCAUAUUGUUCACAUCACGAAACCCAUUCGCGGAGUUUGCCGCUCAUGGGCGAAAGCAACACGUUCCGUAGCUUUCACAGACAAGUCGGCCAGACAAAACCUCAUUCUACGAGUUCCUCGACUCUUCACCGAACGAGAAGUCAAUGUAUUCCCAGAGCUCAAAGAUUGUAUGGUGCGGCUCUGCCAUCCCUACUGGCUGGACGACCUUGCUGCGAUUCUCCCCCAGCUAGCAAACUUGGAGUUAAGCUACAUUUGUGCGAUUAUCUGGCAAGAAGAUGAUGUUAUGGAUGUCAUGAGAGGCCGUGUCGGCCACCUGGGAUACGGAAGAUUCGAGGCACGUAUCAUGGAGACAUUUGUGGCAGAAGCAAUAGCCGCUGGGGUUGAUAUUGUCGAUUGUAACGGAAAACGCUCCAAAACUUGUCAUCAUAAGUCUUUUGAUGACGAAAGAGUUGAAGCGGACGCAGCAAGAGCAGUGAAAGACUUCAUCUUCAAGGAGUCCCUUGCCCUAUGGUACUACAAUGCACAACUGGUUCGCCAAAUCUUGAGCCAUUUCUCCUGCCUGACCCUGUUGUCGAUGCCAGAUUUUCUACAAUUGCCCCUUGUUGCAGAUAUCAAAUAUUUCUUUCCAACAUUUCAGAAUGGAGAUGAGUCUUCGUUCUCAUCUAUCAGUUUCGCUCCGCCCCAGAUGCUGCAAGAACUGGAAAUCAAAUACAGACAACAAGGGCGUCGGUAUUUGGAUAUUAUGGCACCAAUUGAGCAACUCGAGCUAUUGACAAGUCAUUAUAAUCCGAUACUUGCUUUACUACACGGCCAAGUUCCAGCGUUGGGCCCGCCAACUUUGUGGAGUCUGCGGAUGAUGAACAAAUGGCGGUCCGAUACAGUUGACUGGGAUGUUGCCUCUGAAUGCCGUAGAAUGAUGAAGCAUCUCGUUCAUGAGGCAGUUUCUAAUAUUCCAGACCAUCGAAAGCCUCAAAGCCUCGAUACACAGAAGUUAAUGGGUAUCAUGGACAUGGAGGCGGAUCCGUACUGA